AUGAAGAAGUCGCACCGCUACCUACCCAACACCAUGGUGCUGCGCGAGAUCCACAGUACCAGAAGUCCACUGAGCUGCUCAUCCUCAAGCUGCCGUUCCAGCGGCUGGUGCUCGAGAUCGCGUAGGACUUCAAGACCCCAGAGCUCAGCCGUCACGGCGCUGCGGGAAGCCUGUGAGGCCUACCUGGUGGCGUUCUUCGAGGACACCAGCCUCUGCGCGUUCCCCGCCAAGUGUGUCACCAUUAUUCCCGAGGACUUCCAGCUGGCGUGCCGCAUCCGCAGAGAGAGAGCAUAA